UUUCUACAUGUCGUAUUGCUAAUGUUGUACUCUUUAACUUUUAUUUAAAAUUAUGAAACUUGAUUGUUUUUCUUUUUGAAAUUGUUGACGUUUGUUUGCCAAGCUAAGUAUUGGCCCAAUUCAUUGGUCCAACGUAUACUAGUAUCGGAAGGCGAGAUUGUAUAGUGAUUAUGUUCCUUGGAAUAGUGUAUCCACCUGCACUUACGUCAACUACUGAAGCUCUUAGUGUAAAAGUGAAUGGUAUAAUAGUCUUAAAACGACAUUUUAAAUUAAAGAAAUGUAUUGUCUAAAUUUAAAUAGUUUUAUGAUCGCGAGCUUGUUGUUUGUCACAUUGAACGCUCAAAAUUUUAAGAAGACGGAUUUGUUCGGUUUCCCCGAAGUUGAGGAAGUUGAGCACUCGAAAAACAAAGAGAACCGGCAACCGGUAUUCUUACCAACUGUAUGUCCUGAUAACGAGUUGUACUACCCAGGUGAUCAAAAAGAUGAUUGGAUAUGCGAUUGCAGACCAGGGUACAUAUAUCAUCCAACAUCUGAUAAAUGUUGGCCAGCGUUUCAAAGAGGACCGUGUCAAAAUGAACAAUACUUGAUACUGCCUGAAAACUCCGUAAUACCGGUCUGUCGACCGAAUCCUUGCAGGGUCGACAGAUACGUAGAGUGGAACGGCCAAUGUGAACUUCUUGGAACGACACGACCGUGUGAUAAUUUGUACCCUGUUCCUGCAGCCCUUGGAGUAAAUGCGACCACAUUAGUUGUCAAUUGCGAGAAAUUGAACAUAGAGCUAAGGUUUGGUAGUACUGUACCCGUGUCUACUAUACCCAAAUGUUUACCCGGCUUCAAAAGAAGUGUAAAUGGAAAGUGUACCAUUUAAUAAAUGUUCGAAAAUAAAUAAGUUUUUUUUAUGCCAUUGGAUAUUCUAUAAGUAGGUUGGAAUUCUUAUUAGAUAGAUCCUAUAUACAUAAGAGUAUCUAUAUAAAAGUGUUAGAUUUCUAGUCACUUAUAUGCGUUUAACAUAGUUAUUUAUUAAAUUAGCUAAAAAAAGGUCGUCAAAAUUUGUUUAUGUACAUCGGCGCUGCCUAUUUCACUCACUGAUAAAGCUUCUUUCUAGAUAUGAAACCAUUUUUAAAAUCUGUCAAACGUUUUUUUGCGUUAUUCCAUUACUUACAUAAAAUCCUGUUUAUAGUAUUAUUAUUAAAUAUGAACGGUUCUCUAUUUGAAAUUAAUGGGUUAUACUCCCAUGUUAGUUUCAUACUCGGAACAGGUCCGAGUAUGAAACUACAAUUCAUUACCACGAACGUUUGGUAAGUAGUAAUCUAUUUGUUUUUGUAGUACAAAUCAAUAGUAAUAUCGUUAAUUUAACUUCGUGCUUUAAAAUUGUUAGAAUUUGUGUAACCUUGCACAGCGUGGCACACGAGGGCUUCCAGUUCUAUGGAAACUGAUAGCGUCCUGUAUAGUAACCAUGGCAACCAGACCGCAUGUAAGCCACAAUUUUAACGUAUCAUUAACGUUUAUUUACCAUCCAUUUCAUCGGACAUUCGAGGUUAUUGUCCACACGCUUUCAAAUAUCGAUAAUCCAGAUUGUAAUCAUUUUUGUACAUUAUGUCAAAGUGUGUUGAAAUUCGUUGAUUUUAUGUUAUUCCAUCUAGAAGAGUCAUCGAGUUCGGAAGGUUAAGGUCGAUUAUUGGUUUAAUAAAAUACGUAACGUAACAGUGUAAAGUGUAGGUACAUUAUUGUACCAAAUUGAGUGAAAAUAGGUAUAGGAUUUGGUAAGUUUAUAGUUUACGUAUCUGUUAUAAAUAAUGAUAAGUGUAAUUUUUAAUUUAUCAUUUUACAUAUUUCACUCAAAAUAUUGAUUACGAGUUUGAAACAUUUUAUUAAAUACACGUGUUCAUAGGAA